AUGUCUGGCCGUGGAAAGAAGGUCCAAAAGUCUGCAGCUGGCAAGUCUUCCAGGUCGGCUAAGGCAGGUCUCCAGUUCCCAGUAGGCCGUCUCCAUCGCUUUCUGAAGAAGGGAAACUAUGCAGAGAGGAUUGGCUCUGGAGCUGGGAUCUAUUUGGUCCUGGAGUUGUCAGGAAAUGCAGCCAGAGACAACAAGAAAUCCCGAAUCUUGCCCAGACAUGUCCAGCUGGCUGUCAGGAAUGAUGAGGAACUGGCCAAGCUGUUUGUUUGGUGGUGUCACCAUUGCACAAGGUGGAGUCUUGCCCAAUAUUCAAGCUAUUCUGUUGCCAAAGAAGUCCACGAAACCCUCUCAUGA